AUGCGAUGCUACGAUCUCGAGGAGAACGAGCCUCUCGAUGGACAGCAAGCCGUCACUGUCAAGGAGCACGGCACCGGGCGCGUUCUGUGGACCAAGACUCGCGAGCUCGACGACGACGAGAUUGUGUCGACUGUCUUUGACUCGCUCCACCAGCCUCGUUGGCGCAUCCGCCGUCCGACGCGCGGCUGGUACCUCAUCCUGCAACGAGCGUCCUCGUCUCCCGACGGCGACGACCCGUACAUCGAGCUCGCGCCGGUCAAGACCAGGCGAGGCGCCGGUUCGGACGCUCUCGAGCUCGAGUUCCGCGUGCACGGCCAGGCGGGCUCGGCCGCGUCGGCGUCAAGUGCGGCAACGAGACCUCGAUCGCCUUCUGUCCGGCUCGACAUGGCGACCGACCUGCACGAUGCGCCUGCCUCGUCCGCCAUGGCCCCCUCCCUCUCGACCGCAUCCGCCGCUUCAGCCGCUUCCUCGGCCACGCCCCUCAACAACCCUUCCAGCUCGCCUACCGCGCACCGCCGCUCUCGAUCAUCGAUGUCGUCGCCAGUCAAGGCGGCCGGCCCGUCGCUCGCCGCGAGCGCGACCUACCGCCUGCGGCCGUCGUUCCCGCCCGGGUUCCACACGAGCGAGCAGAGCCGCUCGUCGCUGUUCGGCAAGCUCAAGAACUGGGUCGUCGAGCCGCCGAGGCGGUUCUGCUGCGUGCGAGUGGCGGCCGGCGGCGGGUCGGAGGAGGACGCGCUCGCCGCCGAGCCGGUCAUGGCGUUCUUCCACCCUCGCCUGCGCGGCACCCUCUCGCUCUCGCCCUCUCUCGUCGACUCGUCGGGCCUCGAGCCGAGCUUCUGGGCGGCGCUCGCGUGCGCCUACGUCGACGUGAUCGAGGAGCGGGACGGCUACGAGGCGGCGCAGGGCGGCGACUGA